UGCGAUGCAUUGUGGGUAGGUCAGGAAAAUAGAGUGGAGGACGCCAUGUGCUUUUGAGAGAGAGGUUCUGACAGACUGCCACACUGACGCACAGUGGUUGUGAAUUCAAGGCAGCAAAAGGAGAUCUGGACGGACUACAGACGGGUUACUUGUUGUACAAAUACAAUGUAUUGCGCCAGACAUUGCAUUCGGACAGCACUGCGGAUCGCGGUGAAGAAGCACCGGCAGGAGCUCCAGAUACCAGCAGUAUGUGCACUAAGAACCCUCAAGACCAGUACAGCCAACCGCUCUGAUGUAAUCGCCUCUCCGUCUCUGGAUGGAGCUCCCAAACAGUACUCUCCAAAAAUCCAUCAGCUGGUCAACGACAUUGCCAGCCUUACCUUGUUAGAGGUGUCAGACCUCAAUGAGCUACUAAAGAAAACAUUAAAUAUCCAGGAUGUUGGAAUGAUGCCUAUGGGUGCAAUGGCAGGAGCAGCACCCAUAUCUCAGGCAGUCGAGGAGGAGGCAGCGCCAAUCAAGAAGGAGAAGACUCAUUUUACGGUCAAACUGACAGAAUUGAAAGCAGCUGAGAAGGUCAAACUUAUAAAAGAAGUGAAGAACAGCAUGCAAGGCUUGAACCUGGUGCAGGCUAAGAAGCUGGUGGAGUCGCUUCCCCAGGAGAUUCGGGUCAACGUGUCCAAAGAGGAGGCCGAGAAGCUGAAAGCGGCCCUGGAGGCGGCAGGGGGCACUGUGGUGCUGGAGUAGAGCUGCUCACCCGGUCCUCUCUCUGCCAUCCUGUCAGCGUGUUCCCUCUAUCUGUCUCCCCUUUUUUAUACAACAAAGAAGAAAGGAACCUGGGGGGGGGGGGUGAAGAAAACAAAACAAAAAAAUCUGUAAAGAAAAAUGCCUUUUGACAGCGCCACAAUCUGCACUGUUGCCAGGGAGGACGGGAGAACUCACAGACUGAACUCUUCAGGAAACAAGCCUGAAAACACUUGCCGCCUGCCUGGCCGCUUGCCCAUUUGUCUUUUUAUCUGUUUAUCUGUCUGAUGCUUGUAGGCACAGGUUUACAGACAUACUGACUGUGGGCCAGUCAGUCAGUCAUUCUGUCUGUGUUCCAGCCUGGCUGGGAACCGGGGGUGUAUCCUGGAUAUCGCGACACAGCUCCCAUUGCCUGUGGCGAAAAUGAACGUAUUAUCUAGAACAGGAAUGAGUGGGCUGUGUCCUAAAGGUGCAUAGGAUCGAUUAUGUGAUUAAAGUAAAAACUAAAUGGU